AUGGCCGAGUUUCUUGCUUUGCCGGACGACAUUAUCACCUCGAUUUUGUGCGUGUCCCGUCCAGUGGACAUCAUCAGACUGCGACAGACAUGCCAGACGCUGAAUAUGGCGUCCCGCGAGCGCUGGAUUUGGGCGAAAGUUACGCCCGAAAUCAUCGCACACAAUUGCAUGUGCAUUUCGUCAAGCGACCUUGAUCAGCUAUCUGCGCAGGAAUUAGAGCGGAUUGCAACGACUCCUAUGAAGUGCCUGCUCGCUAUGAGCGCAGCUGCAACCAAGGACACUCGAGAUAUACAAGGUCUCCAGCCACAGCGACAGACUUUGCAUCCGAGCGUCGGUUCACUAUAUCGACGUCUGAUCCUCGUUCCCGGCGGUUCAUACUUGUUCAUCGAAGGAUUCAACUCGAUUCGAUUGCUGCGGCUCGAUCCCGCGAGGCCUACAGAGAUUGCUAAGCUCCAAUCCAGGGAUGACGAUAUGUACAAGAGAUCGUAUUUCCUCAAUUACCGCGUCACCGGUGGUGGCCGCGUCCUCCGCUUCGCAAUUGUCAGGAGGGCAUUUAUGUAUCCAGAUGCGCCCCAGCUAUCGGUGUAUGACAUCGAGCCGGAAGCAGUAGGGGCAUCCUUCUCGCUUGUCGCCAGGACACGCGACCUGGGAAGCGGUUAUCAUCAAGUGCAGUGUCAUGAAGUAGCCUUUUGCGAUACACGAUUGGCCGUCUGUGAUGAGGCUGGACCGGCCAUGUUAUGGGAUCUCGAGUGGAACACGCGCGUCUUCUGGCAACAUACUGCUUCACUCUGUGAGAAUCUGGCAAUCCGAAUCAUCGGGAAUUGCAUCGCUGUCACGUCUGGAAGUGGUGAUGGCGAUUGGGCUCAUUCAGCCCGCCUUACUGUCUUCACGUUGCCCCAGGUCGCUAACGGAACUUCUACCGUCGUGGACCUUGGACCAACCUACGACGACAGGGGCGCGCGCGUCUACUACCCACAGCAUAUCUCUGAUGGUGAAAACCCGACAUUUUAUAUUCAGUGUGCGGAGCACACAGACGACCACCUACGCUCGCACACCAUAAAAGACGGAGAGCCGGCUCAAAUCCUCACGACCGAUCGCGCGAUCGACUACCAUGCUCUGCAGGCAUGUCCCCCAGGGCCGAAUUCGAUGACGACCUGCGACGACGGUCCGGUGUUUACGGACUUCCUCAGAUGCUCUGGGCAAGAGGUGCAAUUCAUCUGGCCGCGCCGGAAUUAUGGCACCCAGCUUCAAGGGAAGCUGCGGCUCGAAUAUUCACCUGCGGGUGCCGGAGAUCAUUCUGAAGCGCUCUCUCUUUCUCCUCUCAUGCAUAUCGACUCGCCGUCCAAACCGCGUUUCGACGCGCGCAAUGGACUGUCACAUUCCAUCAUACCCUUUGAUGUAAUCUUUUUGGUUCUCGCUUUCCUUCGCCCCAUAGAUCUCAUUCAACUGAGGCAGACAUGCGCGGCGCUAUAUACAGCGUCUCGGCAAUGCUCGGUCUGGCUUGCCAUCGCGUUGAGGAACCAGGACCAGAACCCCAUGCUCAUCUCUCCUAACGUCCUCGGCAAACUUUCUGCCGACGAGCUGGAGAGUAUGAGUAUAGCGCCUACGAAAUGUAUGCUCGCCAUGCGCGCCGUCGCCAUAACGGACAGCACGGAAAUCCAGGCAUUGCAGCCAAAACAGCAGAUGACCUGGGGAGGCGUCGUACCCUACGGAUGCCGACGUCUCAUACUCAUCGCUGGCGGUUCCUACCUUCUCAUGGACAGUCCCGCGGUCGGCAUUCAGUUAUUACGACUCGGGCGCGCAGGACCGGAACUUGUCGACGCGAUUCCCAAGCGCAGGCGCGAUGGUGGAGGCGAUGUCAUCGCUCUCCCGAACCUCAUGGACUACUGCAUUGUAGGCGAUGGACGGGUACUACGUCUAGCCAUCUCCACGUUAAAUCCGACCCCGGAUACUGCCUUCGAAGUCAACAUCUACGACAUCGAACCUGAGGCGCCUAAUGCCACCUUCGUGAUUAUCGCGCGAACGCAUGACCUCGGGGGCAUACUGAACCCACAUAACUCGAGGUGGUGCCUCUGCGAUACGCGCCUUGCUGUCUGUGACUAUGGCUAUGCACUGCUCUGGGAUUUUCUGCAAGAUACGCGCAUGAUAUGGGGCCACAGACCGAUACAGCAUGGCGAAAUGCGACUAAAUAUCUUCGGUGACCGCGUUGCCAUUAUGUCCUGGAGAAAUCAUGCCACUGCUACAAGACUUGCUAUAUACGCGCCGCCUGCCGGUCACGGGCCCCAUACCUUCUGCGACCUCGAGCCAAGCUACGAGCUCACUGUCCCACCCGGCGUGCAUAUCCAUCAUUCCGAGCACAUCGCGGCUGACGGAAGCUUCACGUUCCACAUCCACCGGACCUUCGCCGUCGACGACAAUCUCCGCACACAUACGCUACGAGAAGGGCGAGCGUCAACCUUGACAGCAGAUCGCUCGAUCGGCAAGGACGUCUGGCGAGCAUAUCGUCCGGGACUGAACGCCAUGGUGCACUGUGCUGGAGGGCAUGUCAGUACUGAGGCCCUCCGCGAGGGCGGACGACAGGUGCAGUUCAUCUGGUCCCGCCCGGAACUCAACAGCGAGCUCUUGGGCACGGUGACACUGGAGUAUCUGUCUUCGCGAGCUACAGACCGAUGUUCCUUCGACCCCGCUUCGGGCAGGAUGUGCACGGUCAAGGACGACGGCUCGCUGGUCGUACUAGACUACCUAUGA